GUCCAUCAUGCGCGUGCUUGCAUCUCAAGAAACACAAGACCAUGCGACGCCUACAUACACACCACCACCACCACCACCACCACCACCACAUCUUCACCUUACGCCUUACUUGUACGGAGUAUGUAUGUGCAUUGCAUACACCAUUUGCCAAACCCAACACAAGCGCAAAAAGCCCCCCGUCAGUCAAGCCUUUCCACCGAAUCCCACAAGCUUUUCUCGUCCUUUUCUUUCUUCUGCUCUCAACUUCACGACUCUUAAAAAGCUCCCCGCUUAGUUGUAGAGGUCAGGCACGGGCGGGGGACCAGGGACCCGGGCGGCGCUUGAAUGCGUCGAUUAUUGGAGCGUUAAUUUAUUUCCCUCCCCCCCAUCCAACGUCCUUCCUUCGAACGGCGUUCCCCUCUUUCUCUCUACUCUUCCUUUCUUCCUUUCUUCCUUUAUCAAUCAGUCAUCAUUCAGUUUCCCCAGAUAUAUCUUCGACCGAACUCACCAUGGCACAAUCACCUCUCCCCAAUACGUCAGCAGAAGGGAAAACCGAAAAUAACCAACCCAGGUAUCUCAGCAAACCCAGAAAACGCAAUAAAUAGUGCACCCACCAGCAACUCGCGUGGCGGUUCUAGAAUCCCCAAAACUUGGGGGAGGGCAGGCAGGCCCACGAGUUUGUUGGUCCAAGAUAAACCCGCAACCCAUAACCAUGGGGCGGCGGCCGCGUGUGGUGCCUGCCCUGCCCUGCCACCUGCCAGCAACCACCCAAUACCAGCCAGUAGCACUCGUAGUUACCCUACCGGCCAGCGGUGGAUGGGUGGUUUCCCAGCAUCCAGUACCAGCAAGCAGCGCGCACAUGGCAACAUUUAGCCUAUCGCUCGUGGGCCUAAGGGACUUUCCCACCAAGCUUUCUUUACA